AUGCCUGGAAAAGUACUCCCCGUGUUCACCCCGGCCGAGAUCGAACUCCAUAACAACGCCAAGUCAUGCUAUGUGACGCUGGGAUCCAAAGUCUACGAUGUCACUGAGUUUGUGGACGGUCACCCCGGGGGUGAGGACCUCGUCCUGGAGUAUGCCGGCAAAGACGUAACCGAGAUCUUGCGCGACGAGUCAUCCCACGUCCACUCCGACUCGGCUUAUGAAAUACUGGAGGAGUGUCAAAUCGGCUUCGUGGCUUCUGAAUUCAAUGGGAAGGCCCGAACGGUUGAUGCAUCACAAACACAACAAGUGGCGAAUGGUUCUGGAGCAGUCUAUGCCACGACUGGGAUGUCCUGUGAAGAAGACCUGUCCGUCGAUACCGAUUACACCCAAGACUUCCAGACGCACAAGUUCCUCGACCUCAACCAGCCCCUUCUGAAACAGCUGUGGUUUAGUGGCUUCAGCAAAGAAUUCUAUCUUGAACAGAUUCACCGCCCGCGUCACUACAAGGGAGGGGAGUCUGCGCCCUUGUUCGGCAAUUUCCUGGAGCCACUCAGCAAGACGGCAUGGUAUGUCGUCCCCAUCAUGUGGCUCCCUCCUGUCGCCUACGGCACCUUUGUUGGAUUUUCCGGGCUUGCGAAUGCGCCUGCUGCUGCUGGUUACUGGGUCGGGGGGCUCUUCCUCUGGACCUUAAUCGAGUAUCUGAUGCAUCGAUUCCUGUUCCACAUUGAUCACUAUCUUCCCGAUAAUCGUGUUGGGCUAACUCUCCACUUCUUGCUCCACGGUAUUCAUCACUACUUGCCGAUGGACAAGUAUCGCUUGGUCAUGCCCCCAACUCUUUUUGUUGUAUUGGCAACGCCAUUCUGGAAGCUUGCUCAUGCUGUCUUCUUCUACAAUUGGUACGCUGCUUUGACAGUGUACUGUGGCGGUAUUUUCGGCUACAUCUGCUACGACAUGACCCACUACUUCCUUCAUCACCGCAAUCUUCCCAUGUACUACAAGCAACUCAAGAAGUAUCACCUUCAACACCACUUCGCAGACUUUGACAAUGGCUUUGGUGUCACCAGCCGCUUCUGGGAUCAGGUAUUUGGCACGGAGCUGGAGACUCCCGCCCCCAAGGGUGCGAAGGCCCAGUGA